AUGAAGAUAUGGGAUGUUCAGUUCGUCGAGAAUGUUGUCGGGGAUGACGAAGACAUCUCCGAGGUGAGCGGUGAACUGAACCGCAGGCCAAUCUACUGCUGCGCCAGUGGACUUUCUAGGGUCAGGCGGCCCAGACUGUACUGGUGCAACGUGGAAAUGGGGGACCAUGAGAGCUUUGGGCGCGGGCACACAGCCUUGUACGACAUCAUUGAGUUCAACGAGAAGCGUGAGCCACUUGAGGAUGUGAUCGAUGCUGGAUGGGAGUGGCCCGCCGGCAAGGCUGACCCCAGCCUUUGCUUGCCCACUUUCACGAGGGCUAUCCCAAGGACAAAGCCUCCGGCAGAGCCCGCGGGGUUGAGGCUAUGUGACCAGGAAACAGUUGGGAGGUGGAAGGAUGACUUGAUGAAGUAUCCUCCUUACACCUACCAGCAGCAAUAUCUCAUGGAGUGCAAGGGUGAAGCUGAUAAGAAGCGGGUUGCCUCCGUCACGGAGCGUGAGCGUUUGAUGGGCUAUCCUGCUGGCUACACCCUUGCGUUGCACAAAAAGGACCCUACAAACACAGAGGAGGAGUUCAGGCAGCAGGUGGCGCGUGAGGCGGCCAUUGGCAACUCCUUCCAUGCUGUGAAGGUGGCGUGUCUUUUGGACCUCUGGCUUUGGACCGCUGGAGUGCGGACUGACCCCAAGGGCGCUUCAAAGAUUGUAGAGGAAUGGCACCAGAUGAUGCGCACUAGGAGGUACAACGACGAGGGCCUGAUGGAAGGAACGGAGGUGACCCAUGCAACGUCUCUGAAUGAGAAGGAGGAAGAAGACAGGCUGCUUCAAAUAGAAAAGCCGCCAGGGCUGAUGGAGUGGCUGAGGAUGAGCAGCAGGGAUGGUGAGCGUCUUCCAGACCCGAAGCUCCUGGCAGCCCGGCUGGUUCACCAGUACCUUCGCCGGGCCGAGUUUAGAGGAUCUGACGUGAGGCUAGAUCUUCAAGUAGUCUACAGACCAGAUGCGGUUGCCCGAACAACCGUGGACCCACGGAGGUGGGUCUGGAAGGUGGCUCACUCCUACAAGUGGGAUCGCCGUGAACACAUCAACGUGCUGGAAUUGCGGGCUAUUCUUCAUUCGCUGGAAUGGCGAGCCAGAUCUGCAACGUUCCACUCCUGCCGCUUUUUGCAUUUGAGCGACUCCCAGAUCUGCUUAGCAGUCCUUGCAAAGGGGAGGAGCUCAAGCCGCAAGUUGAAUCGCAUUUUGCGAAAGAUUGCCGCCCUCUGCAUCGCCUUGAACCUCUACCCUCUUUGGGCUUGGAUCGCAUCCAAGCUCAACCCAGCGGAUGAGCCGUCCAGACGCUAUGAGCCGAAGGACAAUUAA